AUGGCCGGGAAGCGGGAGCGGAUAGCGAUACGGAGGAUCGACAACCUGGCGGCGAGGCAGGUGACCUUCUCCAAGAGGCGGCGGGGGCUGUUUAAGAAGGCCGAGGAGCUCUCCAUCCUCUGCGACGCCGAGGUCGGCCUCGUCGUCUUCUCCGCCACCGGCAAACUCUUCCACUUAGCAAGCUCCAGCAUGAAGCAGGUAAUCGAUCGGUACGACUCCCAUUCCAAGAAUCUCCAGAAGUCCGAAGCGCCGUCUCAGCUGCAGUCACAUAUUGAUGACGGCACUUGUGCAAGGCUAAAGGAGGAGCUUGCUGAAACCAGCCUUAAGCUCAGGCAGAUGAGAGGAGAGGAGCUCCAAAGGCUGAGCGUCCAACAGCUGCAAGAGCUUGAGAAGACCCUUGAAUCCGGCCUCGGCUCUGUACUCAAAACCAAGGCUACCAUUCUUCAGCUCGAAGUGAUGGAAAUCAGGAAAUUUGACAUGUUCGUUUGCGGAGCGGUGCCGAUUACUUGCCCUCUCCCUUCUGAAUUGAGGAGCAGGAUUGCUGGAUUAGUGACCAACGCGUCGCAUCAAAAUAAGGCAUUCGAGUGCUCUCGUGCUUUUGUUAUACAGCAUGAUCAUCGUUAG